AUGAAUAAUGAUCAAGAUAAAAAAUUGUCGCAACAACAAAUACGCGGCGCAACCUACGAAAAUUCCAGACAUCAAAAUAGCGAACAGGGAAAUAAUAACAACAAUAACAACAACAGCAGCAACUAUGCCGGUGGAUACAAUCGUGGAGGAAUACCUCAACAGCAAACCUCUACACAAGCUUAUCGACCUCCACACUUACAGAAUCGAACGAGCGCGCAAAACGGGAAUUAUAACAAUAAUACUAGUAAUUAUCGAGGACCAACUAAUUCUGGUCCACCCCCUUCGCAGCAAAACUAUGGUAAUACUCUUCAUUCUCAUCCGCCAAUGCCACAGCAACAGCAACAAUAUUAUGGUCAAAUGGCAACUCAACAACAACCAAUGUAUCAUCAACCUAUGUCAAAUAACUAUCAACAAAUGGGACAAAUGGCACGUCCGAUGAAUCCACCUCAAUCGCUUGACACUCGAGGUUAUGGUCCACCUGCACAGCAGCAGCAAAUGCCUGUGCAAAAUCGAUCAUUCAAUGAUAAUUCACAAAUGCAACAAAACUUUCCUCGACAAGGCUCUGCUAGUCAACAAGGGUCUGGCAAUGGUGGUCGUUGGGAUGCGAUUAUUGCUGAACGGCAAAUGUCCUCUUACAGUACGGGUAACGGUAACAAUUAUCAACGUGGUUCUUCUGGUAACUACAAUAAUCGAAAUAUGCGUGGUGACAAUAAUCAUAACAGUGGUGGUUAUGGUGGACAACGUGAUAAUAAUUAUCAUCGACGUGAACAUGAUCCUCACAAACCUUUCCAUUCGCAUGUAGGUGAACAAUCAGGAGAUAUGACCGGUGCCGAUUGGAACACGCCAUUGCCACCAAAUGCGAAUCUUGAAAGGGAAUUGUUCGGUGUACAUCCCACUGGUAUUAAUUUUGAUCUUUACAAUGAUAUUCCUGUUGAAGCGUCUCAUAUGGACCAUCCACCAGCGGACUCAUUCGAAGAUUGCAAUUUUGGUGAAAUUAUUAAAAACAACGUUGCUCUAGCUAAUUAUGGUACACCAACACCUGUUCAACGUUAUGCUAUACCGACUAUUUUACUUCGACGUGAUUUAAUGGCUUGCGCUCAGACUGGAUCGGGCAAAACAGCCGCAUUUCUUCUUCCUAUUUUACAUAUGAUCUUCCAAGAAGGUCCCGUGCGUAAUCCUCAAACUAAUCAACGAAAUAAUCGCAAACAAUAUCCACUUUGUCUUGUCCUUGCACCAACACGUGAAUUGGCUUCACAAAUUUAUGAUGAAGCACGAAAGUUUUCUUAUCGAUCAAUGGUUCGUUCAUGUGUUGUUUAUGGUGGAGCUGAUAUUGGUUUUCAAACACGUGACUUAGAAAAAGGUGCACAUGUUUUAGUGGCGACACCAGGUCGUCUGAAUGAUUUAAUCCAACGUGGUCGUGUUGGAUUAGCGAAUAUUCGGUAUUUGGUCCUCGAUGAGGCUGAUCGCAUGCUGGACAUGGGUUUUGAACCUCAAAUCCGCGAGAUUGUCGAACGGUCAGAUAUGCCACCUACAGGUCAGCGUUUAACGCUGAUGUUUUCAGCUACAUUUCCAAAGCAGAUUCAGGAACUAGCUCGUGAUUUUCUUCAUGAUUAUGUGUUUCUGGCGAUCGGUCGAGUUGGUUCGACAUCACAAAAUAUCACGCAAAAGAUUGUAUGGGUUGAAGAAGCUGAAAAACGUUCAUUUCUACUGGAUUUACUUAAUAUCCAAGCUGGUACAUUAACAUUGGUAUUCGUCGAGACGAAACGUGGAGCUGAUAUGCUGGAAGAUUUUCUCGGCAAUCAUCAAUAUGCUGUCAACAGCAUUCAUGGUGAUCGAUCUCAAGCUCAACGCGAAGAAGCAUUGAAAUCAUUCAAAAGUGGUCGUACACCGAUUCUUGUUGCCACGAGUGUCGCUGCUCGAGGUCUCGACAUUCCGAAUGUGAAACAUGUGAUCAAUUUUGAUCUCCCAACAGAUAUUGAUGAGUAUGUACAUCGAAUCGGUCGAACAGGUCGUGCUGGCAUGGCAGGUCAAGCAACAUCAUUUUUUAAUGAGAAGAACCGUAAUGUUGCUGUUGACCUACUUGACAUUCUUAGCGAAUCACAUCAAGAGGUACCUGAAUGGCUCGAAGGUUUAGCAAGAGAAACGAAACGAGAUAAUCAAUCGCGACGCAAUUACGGUGCUAAUCGAAGACCGGGCGGCUUCGGUGCACGUGAUUAUCGUAAUCCAGCUCAAUUACGUAACAGUCGAGGUGGUGGUGGUGGUGGUAAUAAUAGUGGUAAUCGAGGUGGUCAUAACGCCAAUGUAUAUAUGAACCAUCAACAACAAUGGGAUGGGUCUAAUAACGGUGGUGGUGGUAACAUGUGGUCUGGUGACCAUCAAGGUGGUGGUGGUUAUGAGCGUUAUCAACAACAAUCUGGUGGUGGAAACAGUAACCGUCAACAGGAUCAUAGUUGGUGGGAUAAUACAGCAUAA